AUGGUCCGCUUAAAACACCGCUAUCUCCUCCUCGACAUCCUCUACCCAGACUGCUCCUCCUGGCCCUCUUCUACGACCAAAAACCCCGCCGCGGGAUCAUCCCAACUUCGCAUUCACGCACCCACAUCAGAUGCCUUGACGCCGAGUUUACUCGCCAAGAUGGUUCGAGAGCAAGUAGGGGAGAUAUUUGGGGAUUGGGGAUUAGGGAGACUAGGCGGUGCUGGUGCGGGGGGUGUUAGUGUGAAAUAUUUAUCGCCUGCUACAUCAACGGCUAUAAUACGGUGUCCGCGCGCAUCGUUCAGACUCGUUUGGACUGCAUUAACGUAUAUGUCGAGUGUGCCGGAUAUGAAUGGUAAAAACGAUGGUGGGAAACGGCCGGGGCAGCGCCCUUGUGUGUUUCGUGUUAUUAGGGUCUCUGGGACGAUUCGCAAGGCGGAGGAAGAGGCGAUUCGGAGAGCUAGGAAGGAGAUUGUGAGGGCUAAGGGUGCGCAGGAGGUGGGUGUUCUUGAGGGGUUGGUGGGGGGUUUUCAGGAUGGAGAUGAUGAUAAGGGUCCGACUAUUGCCUCAGAAGGGGUUAUGGAUGAAGAUUUGGAGAUGGAUAGUGAUGAUGAUUGA